GUUUGUCAGACAGCGAGGGCUCAGUGGUAGCGCCCCUGCCACAGUCCGGACGUCCGUCAGAGCUUCGCUACACCGCCCCGACACCAGGUGACAUUGACAGAUGAGAACGUGUGAGUAGGUGGAGGCAUUGCUCCCGCCAAUGAGUGGUUGACAAAUGUUAUUUGAAUGGAUGGACCAAAACAACUGAUGUAAAGAAAGAGAGCAAGAAGUCACUGAGAAAAACUUGGUGUAAUUUGUGCGAGUGGAACCACGUGCGCUUCUUUAUUUUUUGCGCUCCGUCAAGAAGUUGUAGAACUCAAUGGAAAACAUUCUUAACAGUCAUAAGACAACUUUUUCAAUGACAAAUUUCAACUAAUUGAAAUUUAAUAAAGUGACAUUUCAGAAAACUUAAUUGAUAUAUGUGAAUUAUAAAGCGGAAAUUGACAUAUAACAGAUUGGAAACAGAAAAAAAUAUGACGCAUAAGAAUACUUAUAGAUUUCGUGUUAAAGUUGAAAGGAUUUAUUCUCUCUCCAUCAUUCAAAAACUGUGUAUCUUUAAUUUUCUCUUGAUGACGCCAACAUUAUGUAUGCCCCAAAAUCGUGAAGGACAAAGAGGCCCUACAUUCUUAAGUGAGCCUCCCAACAAAGUAGAGUUCCAGAACGACACUGGAAUUAUUGUGCCCUGCUCGGCCCAGGGUCACCCUGCUCCCAUGAUUUCUUGGACCCAACAAGAUGGAAAUCCGCUACGUGAUGUGGUUGGUGUGCGCCAUACAAGACCGGAUGGUUCGCUCGUGUUUCCACCAUUUGCUGCAGAGGACUACCGCCAAGGUGUACACGAUGCUGCGUACAGAUGCGUUGCAACCAACAUUGUUGGUAGUAUAAUAAGUCGAGAAGUACACGUCAAAGCAGUUGUGAAACGGAGAUAUAAAGUCCAAGUAUAUGAUGAAUUUGUUGUACGUGGAAAUACAGCCGUACUUCGUUGCCAAGUUCCAUCAUUUGUGAAUGAUUAUAUCACGUUUAUGUGGAAAAGAGGGGAUGGCGCAUCAAUAACUUCAACCGUAACGAGAGGGGGCCGUUACAGCAUCCUGCCGACGGGUGAGCUCUACAUUCGAGGAGUAACUCAAGCGGACGGACAAAAGAGUUAUAGCUGCCAGACACGGCAUCGUUUGACAGGAGAAAUUGUCGCUAGUGCAUCUGCGGGCAGUCUAUUUGUCACAGAACCCCAUGGAACAUCCUCACCAAAAAUUAUAGAUUUUAGACCUAUGGUAUCAGCAAGUGAAGGUGAAACACUUGAGCUAGCAUGUGCAGCAACGGCAUUUCCUCCUCCUACAUAUCGAUGGUACAAAGAAGAAGAUGGCCGACUAAUCCUCCUGUCUACCAAUCACCGUAUUACUCAGCUGGAAGGUUCUUUGGUGCUUCAGUUCGUAAGCGUUCAAGACAGUGGACGCUAUAUUUGUUCUGUGAACAAUACAGCUGGCGAAGACAGAUCGUCGACUCUUCUCACUGUGUCAGCUCCCCUCUCUGUGUACGUCACACCACAAAGACAGAUUGUGGACGUAGGUCGAUCGGCCACCUUUAAUUGUACAGUGUCCGGUCGUCCAAUCAGGUCUUUAAACUGGGUGAAAGAUCAAAGGCCCAUUGAGGAUUUCUAUGGCGGGGGACGAGUGGUCCUUCUCUCACGCGAUGUUCUCCACAUUCCGAUCGUUCAAAGAGAGGACAAAGGCAUGUAUCAGUGCUUCGCGUUCAAUGAUUUCGAAUCAGCUCAAAGUACUGCAGAGCUUAAAUUGGGAGAUGUUGCUCCAGUGCUUCUAGCCACGUUUUCAGGAGAAGCUGUUCGCCCUGGAUCUUCAGUAUCAUUGAGAUGUUCUGCAUCAGGCAAUCCUCUUCCACAAGUAACUUGGUUUCUAGACGACGUCAGCAUACCCGAUGCUAUACGAUUUAGAGUUGGCGAUUAUGUCACAUCGGACGGUCAUGUCAUGAGCUAUGUAAAUGUGACAGAUAUUCAUGUAGAAGACGGCGGUGAAUAUACUUGCUCUGCUGAAAACGCUGUGUCUAGUGUCCGUCAUACAGCGCGAAUCGAUGUGUAUGGUCCUCCUUUCGUGAGACCCAUGCCCAACGUUAGCGUAGUGGCUGGACAAACAACAGUUCUGAAGUGUUCGAUUUCUGGGUAUCCAAUUGAAACUGUCAUUUGGAUGAAAGAUGGCGCCACGCUGCCAACUAAUCAUCGACAAAAAGUGGAGAACAUGGGAAAAUUGGUAAUUCAUGAAGUUCAACGAACAGCCGAUGAAGGUUUCUAUACAUGUGAAGUUGUUGGUCCAGAUAACAAAAGAGCUGAAGGAAAGAUGCAUAUGAGAGUUUUAGUUGCCCCUGUUAUUGAAAAUGUCAUGAUGCCAGAGCUUCUCUAUGCAAAGGAAGGCACCAAGACAAAAGUUAUGUGCAGCGUCACUCAAGGAGAUCCACCUAUUCAAAUAAAUUGGAGGAAAAACGGGUUGGCUCUACCGAUGGAAAAAGACCUGACGAUGCAGAAUUUCGAAGAUUCCUCUGUUUUGGUUUUUCGCAAGAUUUCUUCCGCUCACUCUGGGAAUUACACUUGUUUCGCUUCCAAUGCCGCUUCGAAAGUGAACAGAACAACACAGAUUAUUGUAAACGUUCCUCCCAGAUGGAAAAUAGAGCCUUUUAACAGUUUUGCAGUCGUUGGGAAAACCGUUAUCAUGAAGUGCUUGGCUGAAGGCUAUCCGACUCCAAGAAUUUAUUGGAAAAAGGCCUCAGGAUCCCAGCCCAAGGACUUCCGUGAUGUGUUGUCCAGUUACCGGAGGCAGGUAUUUGACAACGGCACGCUGGUUCUGCAGGAGGUGACAGAGUCAGAUGGCGGCCAUUACUUAUGUCAAGCGACCAACGGCAUCGGGACCGGGCUGAGCAAAGUCAUUCAUCUCACCAUCCACACACCACCAAAAUUUGAAGCAAAAUUCGUCAGCUAUACCGUACCGAAAGGCAAAGAUGCCGAGUUAAAAUGCGAAGCUGAAGGUGAACUUCCCAUACGCUUUGAAUGGGAAAAGGACAAACAACAUUUAGAUCCACAGAGUAUGAAAAGGUUAUCUGCUGUGAAAGAAUCCGGGCCCCAGUCAGCUGUGUCAAAAUUACAUGUGAAAAGUGCUAGUCGUUCCGAUUCGGCCUUGUACACCUGCACAGCUUCCAACGAAUUUGGAACAGACCAGACAAAUAUUCAGCUGGUUGUCCAAGAGCCACCAUCUCCACCUGUCGAACUGAGUGUCAAAGAAAAGAGCAGUCGAUCCGUGACAUUAAGUUGGUCACCAACAUUCAGUGGCAACAGUCCAGUAACAAAAUACAUUAUUCAAUAUGGAAAUGAAAGCACAGAUAAUAAAGAUGAGGAUUUGAGGGAAACAGCUGUAUCCGGAUCUGAAAUCAGUGCAAUUGUAAGUGGGUUACUACCAGCAUCUUCUUAUAAAUUCCGAAUUUCAGCCGAAAAUGCCCUUGGAAUAAGUGACCCUAGUGAAUUCAUUACUGUCGUCACAGAUGAAGAAGUUCCUGGAGCUCCCCCAUUAGAUGUGACUGUUCAACCCACUGGUUCACAGUCUUUGAAAGUAACUUGGAGAGCACCUCGAAAAAUUCUGCAGCACGGCAAAGUUCUUGGGUAUUACAUUGGUUAUAAGGUAGCAGAGACCGAUGAUCAAUUUCAAUACAAAAAUGUGGAAGCUACAAAUGGACAAGAACUGAGUUACUUGACAAAUCUCAAAAGGCUCACUAAGUACAAAGUGAUUGUCCAAGCAUAUAACAACAUCGGUGCAGGUCCAAGAUCCGAUGAGGUGACAGCUACAACUUUGGAAGCGGCUCCUCCAACGUCACCGGUUUUGAGUCUGCACUCUGUAACAUCAUCAUCUAUCACAGUGGUGUGGGAAAGACAGCUGGAUGACACAGGUGUAAGAGAAUAUAUAUUGCACUAUAAGACGGAAGGUGGUGGUGAUAAAUGGAAAGAACAAAAGUUGAGCACCAGCGGCAAUCAGUACACUCUAGAAGGCCUUCGAUGUGGUACAGGGUACAGACUUUACAUGACAGCUACCAACAGUCUCGGAAUGGGAGAACCAAGUGAAAUUAUAACAGCAAGAACCAAAGGAGCAGCCCCAGUUUCACCUCAGAAAGAUGCAUUUAUUACGGUGAAUUCAACGUCUGUAACCCUUCAUUUUGGAGCAUGGUCUACUGGUGGAUGCACUAUUUUGUAUUUUUCGGUCCACUUUCGAUUUCAAGGACAAUGGAAGGUCGUCGCUGAAAGAGUGGAUGCAACUCAACCUCAGAUGGACGUGCGACAUUUGGCUCCGAAUCGAGAAUACACCCUGAGAGUAUCUGCGCACAGUGAGGCAGGGACAACCGAGGCGGAAUACAGAUUCACAACAUUAAACAUUACAACAGCAUAUCCUAUCGCCAAAAGCUAUCCCCCAUCUUAUACUCAAGAUGGAUUAACCACGCCAUUUUACAAGAAUUUGACAGUAUUGCUCCCCGUGAUCAUAUCCGUGAUUGUUUUACUGAUUGUAGUCAUAACCGUUAUCGUUUGCUUAAGGAAACAAGUGGAUACUGGCAGUAUGAGCGAAGACAGUAGGAAAGGCAGAAGCAGUGAACAUAUGGGACUCAAUGAAUUUCCCCAAAAGAACCUAAAGGAUCACGAUGCUUAUGGUGGAAAAUCUUCAUACUACUCUUCUCCAGCAAGGAAGCCACUUGCUAUGGCUUCAAGCUCACAAAGAGAGCAUUUAGAAAAUAACCAUGAAUAUGCUGAACCAUACUGUGCAGUGCCUGCUCCCAGGUGCCUUCUUGAUGACUCCCCGCUCUCUGGAGAACCAAUGCGUUCUAACCGGCCAACAAGCGAUUACUCAACCGUGAAAAGAAGCCCAAGUAGAGGCGAGGGCCAUUUUGUGGAUCUUGGUCCAGUUGUCGAUCUACGUUUAGUACGUCCAAUGUCUUGCGUCGAACGCCAAGAGCUUUGCAAUAAUUCCAGUUCCAGCCAAUCAGGAGCUAGCGGUAGUGACGGAUACAGACAAUACAGAUAUAUCAUAGGAUAGGAUUUUAUUAGAAAUGAUGUGGAAUUUAAUUAUGUCAAAAACUGAAACGUCUAAAGAAUUUCAUUCCUGUGGCAAUCAGUCAACCGAUGACGACCUAGACAACCUUCCCGGCUGGGCUGUCGAGAUCCCUUUCAAAUACCGGCGCCAACUCCCAGAAAGAAAGACAAGUGAAAAAGGAGUUCCAUGAAAGUGGAGAGUAUGGAAGAAGGAGAGUGAGAGAGAGAAAAAAAAAUUGCAUGAGGACGCUCGCAGUUUUUUUUACCAGAAAUUUUCCAGCUAGCUCUUCCUAUUCCAGCACCAGCACACGUCGUCAUGGAAACGAAAGGUGAGAGGAAAACUCAAGAAGAAAAAAAAAAGAAAGAAAGAAAUUGGGAGAAAUGAAAUUCCAGGUUUUUAUAGGUCAUGCGAAAACUUCCGGAGGGUAAAUUUGGAAUGUGGACGUGUGCAAGUCGUGAUGGAGACAGAAAUGUGAUAACGCCACAGAGGAUGUGUAUAUGGUUGCCUUCUUUCUACAGAUUGAAUUUGCAUUAUUUAGAUGUUAGCAAACUGAGAUUUUUCAUGAAAAAUCGAAUCAGAUGUACCUGUUGUUUGUUAAAGAACCGUGAGAAAAAUAUGCAUGCUGAACUAUAUCCAGUGAUACUUCAGAAUAUUCUAGUCGCUCUAAAAUUCA